AUGAUAGAGCCAACUAGUAGUGAUGUUGUAAUGGAAACAGUUCUGAAAAUCGGCGAUUUAAAGGCGAUGGGCUUAAUACAUAAUACUCCUGUUGGCGCUGUAGAAGCACUUCUCGAGGCUGUUCAUGUUUAUACCGGCUUGCCAUGGUGGAGUACAAUACUUUUUACAACAUUUGCAAUGCGUGUACUCUUUUUACCCCUUCUCAUCAAUUCGCAACGAAACACGAUCAAGUUAAUAACCUUACAACCAAAGAUUGAGCAGUUGAUGGAAGACUUUAAAAAGGCAAAAAAUAAUGGUGAUAAUAGCUUAAUGAUGCGUAAGCAUCAACAAAUAAGAGAAUUUUAUACUGAAAAUAAAAUUAGUCCAUGGAAAAAUUUCUACCUUAUUGCUUUACAAACACCGGUGAUGAUCAGCUUUUUCCUUGCCGUAAAAAAAAUGUCGGAAUUUCCUGUGCCAGGCUUUGAAAGUGGUGGUAUUUUAUGGUUCCAGAAUUUAACCAUUCCGGAUCCAUAUUAUAUUUUACCUUUAUUAAUGUCAGCAACUUUUAUAGCAAUGAUGGAGACAAGCGAUGCCGCUCGAAUCAAUACUCCGAAAGCACAGACAAUGAAAUGGGCCUUUCGUGGUGUAACUGUGAUAUCUAUACCGGUUGCAAUGUCUUUGUCUUCAACGAUUCGUAGAUAUUUAGAUUUGCCUGCUAUGCCACAGAUGUUAAAAAAAGCAGAGAAAAAGCCUUUUCAGGAAUCUUUAAAACAAUGGAAUUCUGAUGUACGCAAAAAUGUAAGAGGUCAACAAAAAAGACCUGAAAGAUUGUAA